ACUCUCCCCAUUUCUUUGCUUCACUACAGGCAUAGCGCUGAAAAAGUCUCAGAGAGAGAAAGCGAGUGAGUGAGAGAGAAGGAGAAAGAGAAAGAGAAAGAGGAGGAAGAGCUUGUUAGGUGUUCUUCAUUUCGGGUUCAUCUCUGCAGAGCAUCCGGGGCAAGGCGAGUGGGGUGUGGAUAUCUUCUCAAAACUCAAGUUUUUUGAUUAACUGAACAAUGGAGGUACUUGGAAAAUCUAUGGUAGCAGUGCCUACAAAUGUUAUAUAUCUGUCAACUAUUCUUGGCCAAGAUGGCCCAAACCCUGUUCACAAGUGUGAUUGGAAAUGUGAAAAUGAACAUGUGUGUGGGAACAUGUUCCGCUGCCGUCUAACUGGGCUGACACACAUUUGUGACAAAAACUGUAACCAGCGAAUUUUGUAUGAUAACCAUAACUCUCUUUGCAGAGUUAGCAGACAGAUUUUCCCUUUAACACAAGUUGAAGUGCAGGCUGUGAAAGGUGUACGGAGGAAGUUUGAUGCUGAUAGUUCCCCUUCUGAUAGCUGCGCCUUUAAGCGCAGAAGGGAUGCACAUUUCCACCCAUCACCAUUUGAGAGAUCUUUCACUGCUGUUAGUCCCAUUUGCAGUCAAGUUGGAGAGGGCAUGGACUUGAACUAGAUAUAAUAAAUUUCCAUGCUUUCGUCUGUUUAAUUUUACUUUCUUUUUGGACUGGAUUAGGAACAAUUUCAUAAUUUCCAUGGCAGACUAGAUUGUCUUGCCAUUUUGUAGGAGGACUUAUAUUCUACAUUCCUAUGGACUGUAGUUCUUUAUAACUGUUUAGGAGUAACAAUAUUAUGUCUGCAAACGCUGAUAUGCGCCUGAGUUGAUGUCACAUGAAGGCUUUAACUAUAUAUAGUGCAGCAUUUUGUAUAACCUCUAUUUGGUUUCUGUCUAGUCACUUUAUACUUAAGUGGUUACAAUUAUACCUUUUUGGGGUUGUCAAACAUCUGUAUUGGCUUGCUGGACUUAUAUGACUCUACUAAUCACUGUGAUCAACUCUGGGAGGUUUAUUGGAAUCCAGUCAGUGGAACUAUAUACUUUGUUUCCUUUCCUACAGGAACUUGCCCUGUCAGAUGAAGAACACACUUUUCAGUGAGCUUUAAAAGCUCACCUACUUUUAUGUCUUUAACUCCCUGUUUCUUUGGCAGGUUUUGGAAGAAAGCACAGUUUUAUUUCAUACUGUUGCACUAGUCUAUUCUUAAUUCAGUUUGUAUUUGCUUUUUGAAUUUGUUCUUGUAAAGUAUCCUAAAAUGGUUUUACUUUUGCAGGAACUCAAAAACAUUUACAGUCAGGAGAGUUGAGAUAUAUAGCUUAUUUUGUUGAUGUUUAAUCAUCUGUCUUAUUCAUUACCAGCAGAAUCAUGAGUUUCUAACUAAGUUUGUUCUUUCUUAUUCAACAGAUCCACGCUCUUCCACGAGUUCUAGACUUCGAACAAAUAGAAUCAGCUAUAAGCCUUGAACUCUUGAACAGGGAUAGGUCUGAGGAAGAAUCUAAUAGCUGCCAAAUCAAUUGGUGUUUUGUAUAUCCACACUGAAGUGUGACUACCCUGCAGUAUAACAUUGUGAGUAAUACAGUCCAAUAUCAUGUCUGAUCAUUUGAAAGCAAGGUCCUUUUCUUGGAGUCAGAAAUCCGGUGUUUACUUCCACCUAGAAGUAUCUGCUUUUUCUGAUAGGGUUACCUGAAGAGGAAUCUUUAGCAGCCAAAUCAAGGGGUGCUGCUAAACCACUUAAAGUUACUAACCUGUUGUUCAAUUUGUUCCUCUGUUAUUGCAGAAGAAAGGAUCCUUUUUUUUUUUGAAAGUACUUGAUGAUGACAGAGAGGUGUCAAGACUUUCUGUGUUCUGAAAAUUAGCGGCUCUUGUCAUUUGUGCCUUGCGGCUGCUCAUUUCGACUUCAUCAGAAAAGCUACACUUGUUGAUGGCGAAUUUUCACAAUGUAUGACAAUGACAAUACAAAGUCAGUUUUCUCACUUUCACAGCUUUGCACUUCCCACUGAAAUGUCAUUCUAGGAGAAUGAGACCACUCGGAGAAGACAUCUUUGUCAAUUGUAUAUUUGGCAAUGGAAGAUCCGUUGCAACAAAGCUCCCUUGAAGGCUUCCUUUUUCACUUGGUUAAUGAGUAAGGAAGCAUGCCAUCACACAACCUAACCUACAAAUAAUCCGUGAAGACUUGCUUGUUUUGGAAUAAUAUCAUACCCCUUACCAGUCUCCAUCGGUUGCUUGCAGUGUAUAGAUUGAAAGAAUACAACAGGAAUUUAUGUAGGCAAAGCAAAAAACUUAGCCUUAAACAUAGAUGCAUUUCUUUAUUAGUUUUUUUGGUGCAAACUCAACAUUGUACAUAAUGUAGAUGCAAUGAAUGAUCGGAUUGGGGAUUUGCAGUCUGUACUUAUCCUUAUAAGACUUGGCUCACUGCAAACUUGCCAUUUAUAAGAAAUUUCCCAAAAGGAGAAUACAUCUUUUUUCA